AUGUCCAGUGCUCAGUGUCAACAGUGCGGCUCUACAGACAUCGACACAGAUCCCUCUCGAGGGGACUCUGUCUGUACGCAAUGUGGGUCCGUCUUAGAAGAGUCUGGGAUCAUCUCGGAAGUCACGUUCCAGCAAGAUUCUAGAGGCGUCAGUCGAUCAGUCGGUCAGCUGGUACAUUCCGAAGGUACAUUUUUAAUUGGUCGAAAGAAUGGUCUCAAUCUUGGAUCUCGGUUUGGCUUCGGCAGAGAAUCUCGGGCAAUCACUCUCCAAAAUGCUCGUCGAAAAAUUCAAGACUUAUGCUCUAAACUGAACUUGAAUCCCCGUUGUGUGGACACAGCCUUUGGAUUUUAUAAGGUGGCGUUGUCGAGGCAACUGACCAGAGGACGAAAAAGCACUCAUGUUGUCGCUGCUUGCGUGUACAUGGUUUGCCGCAAGGAAGAAACCCCUCAUAUGUUGUUGGAUUUGAGUGAUCUACUUCAGGUGAGUGUUUAUGAAUUGGGCAAAACCUAUUUAAAGCUUUCAUCUGCUCUGUGCAUCAACAGUCCUGCCAUUGACCCAAGUUUGUAUAUUUUGAGGUUUGCUCAUCAACUGCAGUUUGACAAAAAGACUCACGAAGUGGCGAUGACUGCUUCAAGACUUGUUCAGAGAAUGAAAAAAGACUGGAUGCAUACAGGCAGGAGGCCUUCUGGCCUUUGUGGAGCAGCUUUGCUUGUUGCUGCACGGUUACACAAUUUCAACAGGACUGUGGAAGAUGUGAUCAAAGUAGUGAAAGUUUGUCAAGCAACUGUUAGGAAAAGACUCACAGAGUUUAGUGAAACUCCAUCGAGUCGCUUAACUCUUGACGAAUUUAUGACCAUCGAUUUAGAAGAGGAACAAGAUCCACCUGCAUUCAAAAAUGCUAGAAAGAAACUGCAUGAGUUGGAAGAUGAGGACCAAAACGCUCCCAGGCAAGAAGUACCCAUGAGUCCAUCUUGCAACGUGGACUUGCUGGUGGCCAGCAAUACGGCAGACUCCAUCAGAGAGGUCGUUGAUCCCGAGGUCGAAUCCGAUUCCGGCGAGAUAGAUUUAACUGGAUUAGAUGAUGAUGAAUUAGAUAACUACCUUAUGGAGCCAUAUGAGUAUGAAAGAAAAGACCAAUUUUGGCACAAGUAUAAUGCUGAUUAUUUGCAAGAAAUGAAAGAGAGAGAGGAAAGGAGAGCUAAAGAAGAGGAAGAAAACGCUAACAAACCUGAUAAAAAGGUGCGUCGCAGCCAGAAAAGGGGCCGAAUCCAAGCGAGCACUGCCGGGGAAGCCAUUGAAAAAAUGCUGCAACAAAAGAAAUUAUCUUUCAAAUUGAAUUAUGACGUUUUGAGGAACCUCAACCCGGAAAUCGGGCCCGUGGAGCCCACCACCACCGAGGAAGCGGUGGUGGCGGAAAAUGUGGUGGAAGAAAUAGUCCCGCCUUUGAGGAGGAAGGUCAAGGCCAAGCCCAAACCACGCCCCACCGUUCCAUCCAACAUCAGGAAAGGCAUGUCUGAUAUCAUUGGAAAUACGAGGAAAAAGGAGAUGAUGGCUGCAAUAGCUGAAGAAAAUGAGCUUAUGGAGGAACCACCAAGAAAAAUGAUAAAACUUGCAGAUAUUGUGAAGGAAGAGGUCUCUGAAAAUGUUCCCUUGGAAACUAUCAUUUUAGAUGAUGUUCAGAAUACAGAAGCAGAUGAGGAAAUUGUAGAAGAUGAUGAUGAAGAAGAAUAUGAGUCAGACGAUGGAGAAGAAAAAGUUCCUGAUUACUAUGAAUGUGAUGAAUAUGUUGACGACUAUGAUGAUUGA